UAAAUGUUUGACAGCACUACUAAAUAGCAAUAUUUAAAACAUUAUAAAAAAAAUUACAGAGAUUGCUGACAAUGAAAUUGCUAAAGAAUGCAAUCAAAUUAAAUAAAAAAAAUGAAAACAUAAAAAUAAGUCUGAGUAAAAAAAUUAUCAUUAAAAAAAUCCAUUGAAAAAUAAAUUAAGGAUAAAAUUAAACAAUGAUAAAAAAGUUUAGAGUUCAGAUUUUAUUAUAUAAAAUAUAAUUAGCUUUUCAAAUAGGAGACAACAAAAGCGUCUUUGUGAACAGAAGUAUGAUUUACAUUUUUGCCUGAUGGAGUCAGGCUUUGAGACUAAGAUCCGUGUGUUUAUAUGGCAAUGCUGGUUCUGAAGCAAUAUUUCUCAGAUGAAUGGACUUCUGAUGCUGAAGAUAAGACAGCGUUGCAUAACACUUAUGAAAGACAAUAUCACUACUCUAUAUAUUUUCCUCAGAAAUCUGCUGCGAACUGUUAGUAUAUAUAUAUAUAUAUAUAUAUAUAUAAUAAGUGUUUUGAUACUUUUGCUUUUUUAAAUGUUUAAUUUUACUAAAUAUUCACUUCUAUAAUGUAAUGUCGUUUCAGCACUUCAGGACUAUAGCACAUAUAGAUACAUGUAUGUAUAGCAUAUGUUGCACAUGUAAAUAUCCAGUGUUUAUCCUCUACAUGUAAGCUAUGUUAGUUCACCAAGGUCACAAAGCCCCUAUUAGUAUGUUUAAUGGGUCAUGGUCCACGUAAAAAUACACCGAUAUACUUUUCUUUCUUCUUUUUAUCAGCAUUCUCAGAAUCACGAGAUACGAGCUCAGAAUCGUUCGCGAAUUCUUUCAUUCUUUUUCAACUGUCCGUUUUUCCUCACAGUUGAGAGUUUACCUCACCAGCGUUUGCCCGCGAAAUUCUGCCUCCGUGACGUGACCGCUCCCUUUAGAAUCCCUCGCGCGAUCGAUAUUUCGUUGCGCACGCGCUGCUCUGGGCUCGUCGUGAAGGAACGAUAUCGAUUUCUGAAAUUAAUAAUAGUUAAAACGUUAGGCAGACCGCUGGGAACGGCCCGCGGCUUUUCGCUCAUUGGCCUAUUUGUGUGGCAGCUUUUGGCGAAUGGUGAGAACGACCUUUUAGUGUUACCGUAUCUGGCGUUUGUCAUAAAUCUGCAUUGAAGCCUCUCACCGACCCGUGCCCGAGUCCGAUAUAACCGAGGAGGGCAGAGAGGUGUCAGUGAUCCCAUGAAUUCUUCUUCGCCGGGCACACGGUUCUGCCUCAGAUCCGCCGACUCUGGCGCAACAUGAAGAGGAACGCGUUUAUACAAAUAAUUAAACCCGGCGCUCUUUUACGACCCGUGUUCGGGCUGGAGCCCAAACAAGAAGGUAAUUUGUCCCACAUGUUGCCGUCGGGGCUUGAAAUACAGAGCUACGCGAUUGUACCUUUCGGCGCGGGUCUUAAAAGAGAAAUACUCGAUUUUCAUUCGCCAUAAAAUUACGAGACGCAACGGACAAACAAAUCAAAUGCUUCGCGGGAAAAAAAAAUGGUAGGCCUUUGCAAAGAUAGGCUAAAUGUCGUUGAGCGAAGAGCCAAUAAACCUGCAGCUCAUAGGUCAAUGAUUCGUGACUCGCUGUAAAACGGUUUCUGUGUAGUAUUUUGAAAUAUGAAUCAUUUUAUGAUAUUUGCUCGCGCAUCCAGCUCGCGCUUGACACAGAGCGGAUAUUUACGCGGUAAGUCCGACGUUUAUUUGGUUUAAUGCAGUGCGUAUGUCUUUUAAUGACUCCGUUGAUUCAGUGCGUAAAGCCGAGCGCUCGUUGAACAUAACAAGCUUUAAUUGAGCUUAACCUCACAUCUUCAGUCUCUAAAAAGGAUCAAAACAAUAGACGGAGGGGUGCUCAUUACCAGACCUUCAAGCUGCUUCGUUUCUUGCCAAAUUGUUAAUUCACCAAAAAAAAAAAAUAUAUAUAAGUAACAUUUAUAUGUUUUCUGUAGGAUUUCAUGUACUUGAACUGACGCUCAGACGCAUUUUAUAUUAUUGUCAUGAAAGUCGGAGCAAAAGCGCAGAGUAUAGCAGCGUCCUGAUUUGAGCGCCAACCCUGACAUCUAGCGGUUGGUUUGAGCAUUACACGGGAAAAAUCGCCUUUAAGUUUUAAUAUAUAUUUGCGGUAGGAAAUGUAUUAAAUAUAUUCAUGGAUCAUUAUCUUUAACAUCCUAAUGAUUUUUUUGGCAUAAAGAAAAAGCUAUGAUUUUGUUGGCUAUUGCUGCAAAUACACCUCAGGGCCUGGUUUCGUGCUCCGGUGUCACGUUAUUUGCAAGCACGGUGUUUGAAGGUGUGGUUGGUUCUCUGGCAUUUGUAGCUUUCUAAAUAUCAUCAGCCUAGAGUUUUGUAAAUAUUAAAGGUAGUCAACAUUACCGGUCACGUGAAGACAUAAUAAAGUUUACAGUGCAGUUGCUUUCUGUUUUACUGGGCCGACUCUUGGUAACGCGCAUUGUGGCCAAAUGUUUGUGUGCAUUUGUGUCUGAGGAAUGUUCUUUAGGAAACGGCCAACCGAAAUCUGUUUAUUUUAUAAAUAGAAAGACCAAUGGGAUUGUCUAAAAAUAGGACCGUUCCAGAAAAGAACGUUUGAAGGCGAAUCGAGAAUAGGCAGCGUUUUGCACACAAUGUGGGAAACGUGUGAGCAUCAUGGGAUUAUUUCCCAGCGUUCUCAUGUCGAGAGCCAGAGUUUAUUGUGUAAUAUUGUUUUUUGAAGCCCCAGCAGAAAUGAAGCACGAAUGCUAAUGAAUGCGGGCUUUGUGUUUAUCCGUUCAGACGGAAGCAGGCCCUGCUAAAAAGACAUGCAGCAAUACGAAUAAUGAAAUCUCCGCUUUGUUUAGUUUCCGAAUGAAUCCUUGUCCUCUGGAUUCUCGGGCACAAAAACAGUUUUUUUGCUGCGUUUCUGGGAUGGAUCUUUUAAAGACCCCAAAGUGACAAAGUUGAAUGAAGUUAGGGGGCCACCGAGGCGAUGAGGUAGCGGCGUUUCCGUGGAAACAAAUCCACAGAGUCACAUGGCUUCACACUAAUGAAUGCUCUCACCAGCUCCUUCCAGACCGAGCAGUUUGCUGGUCACUUCUGGCCUAUGCCUUCCGCAGCAUGAGCCUCACGGGGAUCGAUCCGUCUCUUAACGGGACGGCUUUAUUGAAUCCGAAUGACAAAGAAACACAAGCCGCUCUCUACGAAGUCAAGGUGUUCAACAUCACCCUUUGUUCAGUAGCUCUGUGCGUCCUGACUGUGACAGGAAUCAUCAGCUGUAUCUCGUACAGAAGACACAGAAGGAAGUGUAAACGGGCUCGCGUCUACGAGAGCGCCGUAUCCAGCGAGGUUCCCGAAGAGCCCGUGGGUGUUAUGUGCGUGAGGAAAACGCACAGCUUCCGCAACCCGCUGGCCCUGUUCAGAAGGCAAGAGGGGCCGAAGGACAACUCUCGCAUCCACUACAUCUACACCAACCCCCUGCCUGUGGGACACGAGGAGGACAGGACGCCCCCUCAGGCCGUGUCCGCACACGCUCCACUCACGCUGCAGGACUACGCCAGCGACCCCCGCAGCGGCAUCAUCCUGGCCCCGCCCGUUUUUUACAUGCAGCUGUAA